GUUGUUGGAAGGUUGUGAUUUCUGCAGGAAAACGUUCUGCAUGGUUGACUUUGUGUAACAUUUUUGUGUAAUAGUAGAGGAUGUUUAACACUUUUACAGCUGUACUUUGAACCGAAUCAUCCCAUCGAAGUAUUACAUGGGCUUUGAGAGUCAAGCUUUUGUGCUGCUUUUGUGUUUUAUUAACCAGUCUAGAAGUUGAGCUGAUUCACGGUGUUGCUGCGCUUCUUCAUUGUUUCGUGUGAACUCUUCUCCGUGAAGUAUCAACUUGUGCAAGUUCACUAACGUAAGGCAGAGUACACGGGGAUCUGCCAGGCCCGGGAGCCAUCACCAGUCCUCUUUGAGGCCUUCCCCAAACCGCACCUCAAUUAAUGUCCAAGCAUUCACCUUUACCUACUAAAAUGCUGUCAAACCUAAAAUGAGGACGUGGGCCCAGCUAGUGAAGAGUCAGCAAUGAUACUCAGUUACUUUCGUCAUGCAGCUGGUGAUCCGUCGGUACCGUCCUGCAGACAAGGACACAGUGCUCACCCUCUUCAGUACUGGCAUCUUGGAGCAUAUCCGUCCAUGUUUCUAUAACGCCAUGACCAGUCCCCUUUACCUCACCAUCACCCCGACUCUGUGUGCUGUUGGUUAUCUCCUUGGCUCUGUGUUUGGAGCUGUACUGUUCCCAGCAGCUUGGGUAGGUCUCAUCUACUACUGCUGUCAUGAAGUAUAUGCCAGCUUCGUCAGGGUGAGACUUCGCAACGACAUGCAGGACAUCCCUGGGAACUUCCUCAGCAGACCUGAUGACUGUUUCUGGGUGGCUGAGGCUGAGGUUGGAGCGAGAGCCCAGGUUGUUGGUAUGGUGGCUGUGGUAGCUAAACACAGUGGGACAGAAAAGUAUGGGGAAAUGUUCAGAAUGAUCAUUUUCCCACAGUAUAGACGGAUGGGCCUCGGCUUUAGGUUGACUCAGACCGCGGUUGACUUCUGUAAAGAACGGGGCUUCUCCAAGGUGGUGUUGGAGACUAGCUCCACCCAAAUGGCAGCUGUGGCCCUGUACAGCAAAGUGGGGUUUAACCGUGUCCAGUCUCAUAUCAAAGCACAGGCAGCUCAUUGGAUCAUUUCACUGGCCAGGGUCACGAUUAUAAGGAUGGAAAAAUACUUGUAAAUCAAAAAUAACACU